UUCGCGGAAGUCGUCUAUCACAUUGUAUAGGAAGAUACUGUGGCAGUGUUUUCUGGAUAAUAUUUGCAGAAUUUGACUUUUUAAUUCUUAUCACUACCCUUUUAUUACAGGACUUUUGAAUAUGGAUGAUGAAUGGGAGGAGGAGGAGAAGCUUGUUGUGGUGGAGCUCUCCGGUAUAAUCAACAACGACUUUCUGUCCAAGUGUCGGGGCACAUGCAAGAUACUGGAUAUUGACAGUGAGAAGCCCAUGAUGCAGGUUGGACAGUAUGUGUUUGCAGGAGAAUAUGAAGACGCUUUGGGAACUUGUGUGCUAUUCGAGGAGGGACCACAGAAAGGAAAAGCAGACAGUGGUCCAGAGCUCAAGUACAUGUGCCACACCGUGAAGAAGCUGAUGAUGCAACGAAUCUUCCUCACUGAGAAAAAAGAUAGUGAAACCAGUACAGCAGGAAGCGGUGAUGGUGAUGAACAGAAGGACACAACCUGUCAGUCCAGUCAAGAAGAAAAUGACAAGCAACAGGCAGAAGCAGAAGAAGAGAUGAACAACACAGAUUUGGAAGACUCAGCAGUGGGUUGAGAAACAGGGGGGUUUGUUACAUUAUGACCCUGCUAUGCAUGUGCAGAGACGUCAGCAUUUUGUGAGGCUGUGCGAGGACUCUGGUUAUUCAAAGACAGAAGUGACUGAACAGUGGUAGGAAUACUCAGCUUAGCGGCAGGAAGUGCUUUCAUUGUGCUUCUCUGAUCUCUGAUAUCAACAAUCUAACCAGCAGAGGGAAAGAAUCACAACUGCAGAAAUUGAUCAAUAGAUAAAAAAUGAGUCAGCAACUCUUUUGAUACUCAAGUCAUUUCUCAUGUGAAUAUGUCAAAUGUAGUGUUUCAGUCCUCUGAAAUGUGAGAAUUUGUUGAUUUUACUUGUUUACAUUUAUUGGGGGUUUUAUACUGUUGUUUGGGCAAAAAAGAGACUUGAUUACAUCAUCUUGAGAAGUAUGAAAGUGUAGUGGGUAUGUCUUAUUGUUUUGGAUUUUGGGUGCAGAUUAAUAGAUAAUGAGAAUUAUCUUUAUUUGCAGCCCUAGUCAGAAAUCUACUUCAACGGCAAGGUUAUAGCAGAAAUGUGCUCACUGGACAAUGAGCCAUUUGUACAUUUAGUGACAAGGGUGCUUGACUUAAAAAUAUAAAGACCUUAUUUUCUGAUUUGUAAUAAUUUUAUCAGCACUAUUAUAGAGAUAAUGUUUACAGUGUUACUGCUAAAAGUAAGUGAAAAUGUUUUAUUUGUUGAUUAAAUAAAUUUGGCUCACGGAAAA